CGGGCCGGGCGGGCGGAAGCGCCUCAGGAUCCGCCGAGUCUGGACAAAUCACCGAUUCCUCAGGAUUGGAGGAGAGCUUUAAAAGGGCAGCGAGGCUGGGGAGGGGUUUGGAGCGGCUGAGGGAGCUGUGGGAAGCUCAGCCUGGAGAUUCAGGGGACAUCUUACCCCUCCUGUCUGUGAGGAGGGUGCAGCCAGGCACAGCAAAAAAGCCCCAUCCCCACCUCACUACUGCUCCUGUCAGAGUUUUAGAGAGCUGUGAGGUCACCCCUGAGCCUCCUCGAGACUAAACAAGCCCAGCCUCAUAGGACAUGUUUUCUAGCCCCUUUACAGGCCUUGUUCCUCUUCUCUGGACACACUCCAGCCCCUCAAUGUCCUUUUCAAAGUGAGUGGCCCAAAACUGAACACAGCAGUGGCAAGAACAGAGGGACAGUCGCUUCCCUGGUGCUGCUGGCUGUGCUAUUCCUGCUACAGGCCAGGAUACCCCAGGUCACCAGAGUGAAUAUCAAAGCCCUGUGCCACUGGUGGAGGCUCUGACAGCAGGAGAGCUCUUGGAAAGUGUGAUGGAAAAAGACCCUGAAUGCAAGAAAGCAGGCUGGUUGAAUAGAUGCUUAGGUCACAUCUGGAGACCCCCAGCAGAACUAAAAGUACCACAUGGGUGUGUGAUGGACUGUAGUGAAGAGAAGGGAUCCCAAGUAAGGAAAUCCAUGUUAUCAAAAAGCUGAACUUUUCCUUGUCAAGCAGUGAAGUCCUGCCUAGAGGGAAGCAAAAUCUUCAUUGUUUUGCUUUCAAGAACAGCCAAGCGGAGCCCAGGAAAUUAAUUUCAAUUUGGAAGCAAAAACAGGACAAGCAUGGAUCCAUCCAGAUGCUUUAUCCUCAAUUCUCUUAAAGGCAAUAAAAUGCUCAAGGCAAAGCAACUCAGUGUAAAUGGUUGAAGGGUCUUUUGACUCAAAGAGCUAAUAUAUAAUAUAACAAGAAAAAAACCCCAAAAUUAAUUACCUUCUUUAAAGAGGAAAUAUAAGCAGAACAGUAUGAUAACGAGAUUUUUGUUAAAAUAACUUUAAGUUAUUAAAAGUUAUUAUUUUAAAAUAAUAAUUAAAUUAAUAAUUGUCAUAAUUUAAAUAAUUUAAAUUAUUUUUAUUAAAAUAAUUUUAAUAAAAUAUUUAAAAUAUUAAAUUAUGUGCCUUUUGUUAAAUAAAAACCGGGUUGCAGCAGGCAAGACUGAAAUGCUGGAAGGGCCGAGCCCGGCACCCCCGCUCUGAGGGAAGAGGCCUUGGAUGGAUCCCGAACCCCCGGGAUGGGGCUGGGGCGGCAGCGGCGCUCUGCGCGGGCGGGAGGCCGCGCUGCGCGGGGGCGGGGAUGGAGCACGGCUAAUCCGGGUGGGAACCCGCCGUGACACGUCUUGACAGAGCCACCGGCGGGUCACGGGCUGCCAGAGCCGCCGGGAAACAGCGGGGACACGGCGUGAGAGACACCCGGGGGGCAGCGGAGUACCCGGCCGCGACACUCACUGAGGCCACCAGCGGGGGACAGCGUUUGCCACAGCCACAGGGCCACCAGCGGGGGACAAGGCUUCCAGGCUUGCCACAGCCACCGGGCCACCAGAGGAUCAUGGCUGCCAUCGAGGAGCGCACCUUCAUUGCCAUCAAGCCUGACGGGGUCCAGAGGGGGCUGGUGGGGGAGAUCAUCAAACGCUUUGAGAAGAAAGGAUUCAAACUGGUAGCCAUGAAAUUAGUACACGCUUCUGAGGACCUCCUGAGGGAACACUACAUUGACCUCAAGGACCGGCCGUUCUACGAUGGCCUGGUGCAGUACAUGCACUCGGGACCUGUUGUAGCCAUGGUGUGGGAAGGUCUUAAUGUGAUUAAGACUGGAAGAGUGAUGCUGGGGGAAACCAAUCCGUUCGAUUCCAAGCCCGGCACUAUUCGUGGGGACUUCUGUGUCCAAGUUGGAAAGAACAUCAUUCAUGGCAGUGAUUCUGUGGAAAGUGCUGAGACAGAGAUCAAUUUAUGGUUCACUCCUGAAGAACUGGUCGAUUACAGAAGCUGUGCUCAUGAGUGGAUCUAUGAUUAACACCCAGCCUGGAUCUUCUGAUAUUCCCAUGUCCAUGAGCAGCUGCCAGCCUCUAGCUAUUCCAAAGAAUUCCCUGGUAGAAACCUCAGAAAACAGUGAAAUUGCUCUGUUGUGGAUGUUAGAGUCAGUGCUUGCUGCUCCUUUGAUUUAAAAGUCGUCAAGUUAUAGAUGGAAUUGCACAUUUUAAAAGCUGCUUCUGGGAUUGAGAGAUAUGACAUGAAAACACAGAAUAGAUAACAUAUAUUUUUCUGAAGCAUUUUAUAGUCAUAGAGGGUAUUUUGGUAAACAUUAAAAAAUGGGUAAAAAUUUAUUUGGUAAAUAAAUACGCAAAUGGCUCAGAGUCAGAGGUUAACUUUGCUAAAACAUUAGAGGACAACUGAUGGUGUGUAAAUGCAUAGAUAAUAUGCCCAAAUGUUGAGGAUUUACUUAAUAUUUUAAGUCAAGUGUUUCCCCAUUCCUAAAAUGGCUGCAGAAAAAAGCCCAUUUCUCUCCCCAGAGCAUGCUGUGCCCAUAAAGAGCUUAAAUGACAACUGACUUCCACACUGACACUGUUUCAACUCUCUUUUUUCCUUCCACAUGGGAUUUAUGUAGUAUUUUAAGGACCGAUUAACCAGCCUGGCUUGAUGAAAUGUCCUUUUAUGUGAAAAGAAGAUUAAUGUGAGGAUGGAUGAGGGAGAUUCUACCUUUAGCCACAGAGUGCAGCAGCUCUCUGCCAUUGCACAGAGCAGUAAGUGGUGUUUGCUUUGACAUCUCAACAGCUGGUAAUUUAGCUGGUACUCAUUAGUGUACUUUCCUCAUUAGCUGGAACUACAAAGCAAAUGGUCCUUGGAUAAGUUGUUUUAGAAGCAACUUUAUCACUAUCAUUUUCUAUUUAUUUAAUGAUGUAAAGAAUAGAGUCAUAAUAAUGCAGAAGGCAUUUCAGUUUCAACAGCAAAAGUUGUACUGGAUGAGGAUGUUGGGAUUGAUAUUAUGUAUUUAUUUCUGUGCAACAUUUUAUUCACUAAGAGCAAGAGUUUCAUGGAAUCAGUUGCUCAAGCCCAAUGAUUUUUUUCCCCCACAGCGAGUUCUUGUAUGUGAAUACUGAACUAUGCAGUGAAUGUUGAAGGCUUAUGAUACCUUAUGGUGAUAUCGAGCUCCUAAAAAGAGAUGGCACAAAAUAAAACAAUAUUUGCUGUUUCUUCAGUGAAAUAAAAUGAAA